AGCUCCAGUGCACCAGCGCUGGGCUGCAUGGGGACUAGCCUGAGGGGGAGGGCCAGGGGAGGGGGGAGGCAGAGCUCGGGAGGAGAUGAGGUGAAAGUAAUUGACGAUGCCCAGUCCGGCAGUGGGAGAGGCAUGGGAUGCGUCAGUGUCGCGCUGGAGCUGGCAGAGGUGUGAAUGAGCGGCGGAGACACACGAGCUCCUAGUGCUCACCCCGGGAUGGCUGCGGCCCGUGGACCCAUGGCCCCUUCCUCCCCAGAGCAGAAUGGUGCUGUGCCCGGCGAGGCCACCAAGAGGGACCAGAACCUGAAACGGGGCAACUGGGGCAACCAGAUCGAGUUUGUACUGACGAGCGUGGGCUAUGCCGUGGGCCUGGGCAAUGUCUGGCGCUUCCCAUACCUCUGCUACCGCAACGGGGGAGGUGCCUUCAUGUUCCCCUACUUCAUCAUGCUGAUAUUCUGCGGGAUCCCUCUCUUCUUCAUGGAGCUCUCCUUCGGCCAGUUUGCAAGCCAGGGCUGCCUUGGGGUCUGGAGGAUCAGCCCUAUGUUCAAAGGUGUGGGCUACGGCAUGAUGGUGGUGUCCACGUACAUCGGCAUCUACUACAACGUGGUCAUCUGCAUCGCCUUCUACUACUUCUUCUCAUCCAUGAUGCAUGUGCUGCCCUGGGCCUACUGCAAUAACCCCUGGAACACACCUGACUGUGCUGGUGUGCUAGAUGCCACCAACCUCACCAAUGGCUCCUGGCCUGCUACCCAGACCAGCAACCUCUCCCACCUGCUCAACCACACCUUCCAGAGGACCAGCCCAAGUGAGGAGUACUGGAGGCUCUACGUGCUAAAGCUGUCAGAUGACAUCGGGAACUUUGGGGAGGUGCGCCUGCCCCUCCUUGGCUGCCUUGGUGUCUCCUGGGUGGUCGUCUUCCUCUGCCUCAUCCGAGGGGUCAAGUCUUCAGGGAAAGUGGUGUACUUCACGGCCACAUUCCCCUAUGUGGUGCUGACUAUCUUGUUCGUCCGUGGUGUGACCUUGGAAGGAGCCUUCACGGGCAUCAUGUACUACCUGACCCCACAAUGGGACAAGAUCCUGGAGGCUAAGGUGUGGGGAGAUGCUGCCUCCCAGAUCUUCUACUCACUAGGCUGUGCCUGGGGAGGGCUUAUCACCAUGGCUUCCUAUAACAAGUUCCACAACAACUGUUACCGGGACAGCGUCAUCAUCAGCAUCACCAACUGUGCCACCAGUGUCUACGCUGGCUUCGUCAUCUUCUCCAUCCUUGGUUUCAUGGCCAACCACCUGGGUGUAGAUGUGUCCCGCGUGGCAGACCACGGCCCUGGCCUGGCCUUCGUGGCUUACCCUGAGGCCCUCACGCUGCUGCCCAUCUCCCCGCUCUGGUCCUUGCUUUUCUUCUUCAUGCUCAUCUUACUGGGGCUGGGCACUCAGUUCUGCCUCCUAGAGACACUGGUCACAGCCAUUGUGGAUGAGGUGGGGAAUGAGUGGAUCCUGCAGAAAAAGAUCUAUGUGACAUUGGGUGUGGCUUUGGCUGGCUUCCUGCUGGGCAUCCCCCUCACCAGUCAGGCAGGCAUCUACUGGCUGCUGCUGAUGGACAACUACGCUGCUAGCUUCUCCUUGGUGGUCAUCUCCUGCAUCAUGUGUAUGUCCAUCAUGUACAUCUACGGGCACCAGAACUACUUCCAGGACAUCCAGAUGAUGCUGGGAUUCCCACCCCCCCUCUUCUUCCAGAUCUGCUGGCGCUUUGUCUCACCAGCUAUUAUCUUUUUCAUUCUCAUCUUCACGGUGAUCCAGUACCGACCAAUCACCUACAACCAUUACCAGUAUCCAGGCUGGGCUGUGGCCAUCGGCUUCCUCAUGGCUCUGUCCUCUGUCAUCUGCAUCCCACUCUAUGCCCUGUUCCAGCUCUGCCGCACAGAUGGGGAGACCCUCCUCCAGCGUUUGAAAAAUGCCACAAAGCCAAGCAGAGACUGGGGCCCUGCCCUCAUGGAGCACCGGACUGGGCGCUAUGCCCCCACCAUAGCCCCUUCCCCUGAAGACGGGCUUGAGGUCCAACCACUGCACCCAGAUAAGGCCCAGAUCCCCAUCGUGGGCAGCAAUGGCUCCAGUCGCCUCCAGGACUCCCGGAUAUGAGCACAGCUGCUGGGGGCGUGCCCCACCCCCACCCCGUGCUCCCACCACAGAGACUG